CUUUGGCGUUGUCUCUGUAGCAGCUCACAAAAGCCAACUCCAAGACCCUUUUCUUCCCUCCUCCUUUCCAUCUCCUUUAACUCCUUCCAAGCUCUUGCUGCCGUUAAAGAUUAGUAUUAGGAGUUCUCCUCUCCCCUUUCUCUCUCAUUGAUACUCCUUCCCAUCUGGUUGAUCCCCCUUCCUCCCUCGGCCUUCCAGUCCCCAUUAUAUAGAACGCAUUCCGGUUGGAUCGUCUAUAUCAACAACCCUUGAUCAGACGAGCCGACGAAGGGGGCUGGGGAAGUUUUCUCUCCCUUCUUGUUCAGAAAUACCCUGGUGUAGAGUAGGAGUGUGCGGCAUAGCCAUGCUGGGUCCGACGGCCGGGGCCGGGCCGCCACCGGAGGAGGACAUGCCGGAGCCGUUUGGCUCGCUCCAGAUCGCCACCACCUCCGCCGGCGCCGCGACGAAGAGGAAGCGCCGGCCGGCCGGCACACCAGACCCGGACGCGGAGGUGGUUUCGCUGUCGCCGCGGACGCUGCUGGAGUCGGACCGGUACGUGUGCGAGAUCUGCAACCAGGGGUUCCAGCGGGACCAGAACCUGCAGAUGCACCGGCGGCGGCACAAGGUGCCGUGGAAGCUGCUGAAGCGGGAGGCCGGCGAGGCGGCGCGGAAGCGGGUGUUCGUGUGCCCGGAGCCCAGCUGCCUGCACCACGACCCCUCCCACGCCCUCGGCGACCUCGUCGGGAUCAAGAAGCACUUCCGCCGCAAGCACAGCGGCCACCGCCAGUGGGCCUGCGCCCGCUGUUCCAAGGCCUACGCCGUCCACUCCGACUACAAGGCCCACCUCAAGACCUGCGGCACCCGCGGCCACUCCUGCGACUGCGGCCGCGUCUUCUCCAGGGUGGAGAGCUUCAUAGAGCACCAGGACACGUGCAACGCCGGUUGCCCACAGGCGGCGGGGUCGGACGUGCCGGCGGCGACGGCGCGUGGAGUAGCCGCCGUCGCGUCUUCGCAACAACAGCAGCAGGUCCCGGCGCCGGCAGCGUCUCUGUCACGUACCGCGUCAAGCACCAGCCCGUCCAGCGACAUCGUCAUCAGCCCCGUGGCCUGGCCUAGCGCCGGCGCCGGGGCAAUGCGCAGCCCGACAGCCGCCGCGUUCCACCGGUUCGACCAGGCUCCGUCGCCGCCCGAAGGCCGUGGCGGCGGGCACAACCUCGAGCUACAGCUCAUGCCGCCGUCCAGCGGCUGCACCGUGGGAGGUUCCCUUGCUCCGGGCGUGGCGCCGUCGUGCUACGGAGCGCCGCCGUGCUCACCGGGAGACGAUGCCGCCAUGCAGCUGCAGCUUACUAUAGGCUUCUGCAGCGGCGACGUCAACCGCGGAGAGUUGAGGCCCUUCGGCAGAGACGACGCGGCCGCGCACGCCAGGGCGAAGCAGGAGGCGGCGCGGGAGGAGCUGCGGCAGGCAAUGGGGGAGAAGGCCGCGGCGGACGAGGCACGCGCGCAGGCGAAGCGGCAGGGGGAGCUGGCCGAGCAGGAGCUCGCGAGCGCCAAGCGGAUGCGGCACCAGGCGCAGGUGGAGCUGAGCCGCGCCCACGCCCUCCGCGAGCACGCCGUGCGCCAGGUCAACGCCACGCUGCUCCAGAUCACCUGCCUCAGCUGCCGCCAAAAGUUCCGGGCAGCAGCAGCAACGACCGCGAUCAGGCCGGCGCCCGCCGCCGCCAUGUCAGCCGAGCAGCAGGUGGCCUGCAGCUACGUGUCCUCCUCCGUCGUCACCGAGGGCGGCGACGCCGACACCGGCAACGUCGAUGAUCAGCCCCUCAACCUCGGCGGCUUCCGGCGGCGCCAGCAGCACGCUAGAAUGGAUGCUUUGUAGCUAGCCCUCUCGGUGUACUUUUGGAUUGCUUCUUGGCUUAAUUCACCGGCGAGCCGGCCGGCUGGGGUAUGGGCCAUGCCGAGGUGUGGUGUCCGUGUAACUAGAUGCUGCCAGUUUUUGUGUCUUCUGAUCGAGCUGCAGUGCAGGGAAGCUAAGCGGGGCUAGCCUGCUAAUUGUGACGUGCAUGGAAUCUUUCGCUUGUUUGCUUCCCGUUGGAUUUUCUUCAGAUAUCAUUACUGAAGCCGGGUAGAGUUCAUGAUGCCACCCGUAAAGGUCAGGUGUACUCACCAAGAUGGGUGCAUGCCAUCUUUGUGACAAAAGUUGUUGCAUGCAACUGGAAAUAUUCAAUCAGACCAGACUAUAACAUGUUACAUUUCUUCAGAUCAA